AUGGCCAAUACUCUAGACACCGAUGCCGGCUCUGAGCUGUUCAGCAGUUAUGAAGCAGAGCUGAAGCUUGUCCAGGCCGAUCUCAACCAGAAGCUUGACCAGAUCACCGAAUCUUCCGGCGAGGAGCGAAAGGCAGCCAUCAGACAGGCGGAGAGGGCUCUGGAAGAAGCAAACGAACUUCUUGACCAAAUGCGAAUGGAGAAGGAAAACAUCCCAUCGUCAACUCGCUCCAAGAUAAACGCCCGCUUUAGAAACUAUCUCACAGAUGUCGACAAUACAAAACGGAAACUCCGCUCAUUAUCUGAUGAUCGCAAGGCUCUAUUCGGAGAACGCUACACCGAUGAUCCAAACAGCACCCAUGACCAACACCUAGAACAAAGGCAGCAACUGCUCUCUGGUACGGAAAGGCUGGAAAGAAGCUCUGCUCGUCUACAGGAUAGUCAGAGGGUGGCACUAUCCACAGAGGAGAUCGGACGUGAUACUCUUGCCGAUUUAUACCGCCAACGCGAGACUAUUGAGCAUACUAGAGCUGGAUUAUUGGAAAGUGAAGGCUAUGUUGACCGAAGUGUCAAGACUUUGAGGGGGAUGGCUCGUAGGAUGGCUACCAAUCGGAUAAUCACAAUUGCCAUAAUCACUGUGUUGGUUCUGCUUAUUGUUGGCGUUAUUUAUAGCAAGUUCCGUUAA